AAAGAAAAAGCGCGAGACAGAAAGAGAAAACAAUGUGCGGCGGCGCCAUCCUAGCGGAGCUGAUCCCGCCGUCGGCGGCGGGCCGUGCGCCGAAGCAGGUGGCCGCGGGCCAGGCCUCGUCCAAGAAAGGCGGCAUGAGCAAGAGGCACCACAGCAGCAUCCCCGACGUCGACGACUUCGAGGCCGCCUUCGAGGACUUCGAUGACGACUUCGACCUGCAGGCGGAGGAGGACGGCGGCGACCAUGUCGUUUUCGCAUCCAAGCCUGCGUUCUAUCCGGCAUACGGUGGUGGCCGCCGCACGGUGCAGGCGGCAAGCAUGAAGAAGCGCGUCCUCCACGGCAUCCGGCAGCGGCCGUGGGGCAAGUGGGCGGCGGAGAUCCGCGACCCGCACAAGGGCACCCGCGUCUGGCUCGGCACGUUCGACACGGCCGAUGACGCCGCCCGGGCCUACGACGUCGCCGCCCGACGCCUCCGCGGCAGCAAGGCCAAGGUCAACUUCCCCGACGCGGCCAGGGCCGGGGCGCGCCCGCGCCGCGCCAGCCGUAGAACCGCGCAGAAACCGCCAUGCCCCCCUGCGGGGACGACGGCGUACUCUGCCACCGCAGCAGCACGCGCACAGCCGGAGCAGGACGCUAUGAUGGCCAAGCCCGAGCGGAUGGAGUUUUCGGACGUGGACACGUUCGUCGACCUGACCGCCGCCGUCGCCGCGCUACCGCCUGUCACGGCGAGCUCCUUCGCCGACAAGAUGCCGAGGGUCGACGAGGACUCGUCGGAGGGGAGCGGCGGCGGCGCCAUGCUGGGGUUCGCCGACGAGCUUGGGUUCGAACCGUUCAUGAUGUUCCAGUACGAAUCCAUGGACAGCCUCUUCGCCGGACACGCCGUCAUCCAGGAUGCCCGCGGUGUGGACGGCGGCAUGGACGGCGUUAGCCUCUGGAGCUUCGACGAGUUCCCCAUGGACAGCGCCAUUUUCUGACGUUUUCCGUGCGAUGCGCUCGAUCGUUUGAACCAAGGAAGGGUGCAGCUGAUGCAUGGGUACUGCAUGAUUGCUUCCUUGAUGAAUGCUGAUGGAAAUGUAUUCUACUGUUUGAGUUUAUUGUUCGUCAGUCAGACCCUGCUGUAUUCUACUGUACUGCUGGUACCAAAACUGUAUUGUACUCUGUCAUGAUUUGUACUAGCCUUUGGUACUGUUGGCCAAUAGUCCUACGAGUUGAUCAUGUCGGCGGUGCCGUCUAUGGUCGUGCUUGCCAUUGUUAAUGCCAAAUAAGCUUGUGAACCUGGUUAUCUGUUGUGUGUGAGUCACCAACUCAUCCUGUCAUGUUGAGUUGGAUUAUGUAAUAAAUAUUGUAAUUUGCUGAAUUCAGUUAAGAACAAUGGGCAGUGGAUCUUUACUUAAUACCACUA